AUGACUAGGAGGUCCAACAAGGACAACCUAGUUGAACAUCCAGAGAUAGACAAGCUUGAGAAGCAACUUAGGAAGCAAAAGCCCAAGAGAUGGCCGACGAAGCAGCUCGCGCUCACGCCGCUGAAGUGGCGCGCGCUCAAUGAAGAAGGAAGAGAUCCACCUCCUCCUCCUCCUAAUCCACAAGACCUGCUGGAGAUGAACAAGAUCUCCAACUUUCGCCAAGCCAACAAUGAAUCUUUCUAUGAGGCGCUAGAUCGAUUCAAGGAGUACAUUAGGGACUGCCCUAAUCAUGGUUUCAAUGAGGGAAACCUAUGGAACAUCUUCUAUCGUGGCAUAGACCACAAGUACAAGCUUUCAUUGGACACUGCAAGCAAUGGAAACUUCAUGACCAAGACUGUUGAUGAAGCUAAGGUUCUUAUUGAGAAUCUUGCAGCUAGUGAUUGUAACAACUGUCCUGAUUAUGACCGCUCAAGCCGCACCACUACUAGCUCCCCUGAUUCUUUUCAAAUGACUGAACUCAAGAACAUGAUGGCUCAAGUUCUUAAGGGACAGCUCAAGCAUAUCAAUGCAAUAGAAGGGAUGAGUGAUGCUAAUGAAGAUUCAUCAAGAGAAUGCAUGGGAGAUUUCUCUAAUGAAGCCAAUGAAGAAGAUGUGAACUACAUUGGAAACUAUGGGAACAAGGGAUACAAUCCAAGCUAUCGCCCAAACCCCAACAUGUCUUAUAGAAACCCCAAUGUGGAGAAUCCUCAAGACCAAGUGUAUCCUCCAAGGUAUCCACAACAACAAAGACCUCCUUACCAAUCUCAAGGAAGUCAAUUUCAGCCAAGGCAAGGAUAUGAGCAGAGAUCAUCAUAUCCCGCCCAAGGAGCCAUAUGCUUCUUCACCAAAUCAAGCUCCUCCAAACCAACAAGGUGGGAGAUUUGA